AUGACUUCUAAUAGUCCAUCUGACUCCAAGCAUGUCGAUGAAGAAGAAUAUUACGGGAAUCUGGAUGAGCUUCGUGACCUAAUCGAUGAACCCCAGGAGCCACAUACUAGUGGUGGUAGCCACGGCGGUGAAAGAGGUGCCCCUACAUCGGGCCCCGGGAAGAAUACUGAAAAUGACAUGAUUGACGAUGAACUAGCAAGCAUUGAUGAGUCCAGACUUGUCAGCUCUGAUGGCGACCUGGAUUAUAGGGACGAGGAUGAAAACUUACUGGCGGAGUUUUCCGAUUAUGGUGACUUUUCGGAUGAUGAAUACGAUGAACAGGACUUCAUGGACGCGAUUCGGGAAGCAAAUAACUUCAAAGUAAAGCGAAAAACGAAACGAAAGAACAAAAAUGGGUCGCGCGCCGGGAAGCAACGCAGAGAACGCAGCUUGGAUCCCGAAGUAGCUCAGCUGCUAUCCGAAGCGAAUGAAGCGUUUGUUAGAAAUGAUACACAGGUUGCUGAGCAAUUGUACAAUGAGGUUAUCAAAAAGGAUGCGAAGAAUUUUGCUGCAUAUAAAACUUUAGGUGACAUUUACCACAUGCAUGGUAGAUACAACGACUGUUGUAAUUCGUGGUUUUUGGCGGCUCAUCUCAAUCCUUCUGAUUGGGAAUUCUGGAAGGUUGUCGCAACAUUGUCGUCCGACUUGGGCCAUACUCGCCAAGCAAUUUACUGUUAUACAAGAGCUCUGCGUAUGAAUAAUGAGGAAUGGGAAUGCGUGUAUGGGAGAGCAAUGCUAUAUAAAAAAACGGGACAGCUUGGGAGGGCAUUGGAAGGCUUUCAGAGACUUUACGCUCAUUCCCCUACGGACGGCAAUCUGCUGAGGGAGCUGGCAGUUCUCUACGUUGACUAUAAUCGCAUAAGUGAAGCCAUUGGACUAUACUUGAAGAUUUUCGAUGUUAAUGUAGAAAAGCGGAAAGCGAUUAUAUCUGCUGCUGAAGAUGCUGUUGCCUCCUCUGAAGACAGUGAUCUAGAACCCACUGAUGACAGUAUUUUCGAGCUAGAUGAGGAAAGUGAGGAUUUCAAAAAUUUCCCAAAAGUUAAUUGGAAGAAGAUCAAUAAAAAGUUCCGUUGCAUUGCUUUUGACUGGUCACUUUUAAACAUUCUAGCCGAACUUUUUCUAAAACAGUCAGGCGAGAAUAGCGGUAUAAAAACCAUCAAGAAAUGCGCACGUUGGAUUCAGAGACGAGAAAAUCAGACCUUUUGGGAUAACUCUGGCGACGAUUCUGAAUUUGAUGAUAGGCGAUUGAAGAAUAGCCGAUUUGACGCGCUGGCGCAAGACGAAAAAAACAAGUCGUAUGUGCUUCCUAUUGAUAUCCGCAUAAGACUGGGCCUCCUGAGACUCAGUGGCAAACAUGUUCUGGAAGCCAUGAAUCAUUUUCAGGCACUUUACGAUGAAAGUUUUGCGGAUAUUACCGAUUUAUUUUUUGAGGUAGCUUCUGCUUUAACAAAAGCAGAAAAGUUUCCGGAAGCCAUUGAGUUUUUUACGCCAUUAUUGCAACUAGAAGAAUAUUGUGUUCUGGAGGUCUUUAAGCCCCUCAGUAGAUGCUUCAAGGAAGUCGAAGAUUACGAGAAUGCAAAAAUGGUUUUUGAAAAGCUAGUCGAGCUGCAGCCAGACGACUUAGAAACGAAAUUGACCCUUGCGGAAAUUUAUUAUCACUUAGACGACCAGGAAACAUUCAAUUCUUUAUUACUCGAAGUCUUGGAGGCUAGAAAGCAACAGGACACUGAAGCCCAUAAAAUAUUGUCUUCAGUGGAUGACAAAUCUGAGCAAGAAAUUCUUGAUACUCGCAACGCGGAAGUGGGAAAGCCUUUGCUGGAAGAUAUUCAUGUUAGAAAACCUGCUAUCAAGAAAAAGCGAUCGCCGCAAGAUGCCGAGAGGGAAAGGAGAGAUCGUGAGAAAAGAAUUACAACCAAAGUUCUGGACAAAUAUAAUAAGUUGAGAAUCUAUAAAGAGGGUAUGGAAAAAGGCAACGAAUAUCAAACCACAUUGUGGAUUGAUACAGCUUCGGACUUGAUAGACGUGUUUUCCAGCGUCAAAAACUUCUUCGUCAAAAGUCGCUCUAAGAGAUUUGUGGGUAUUAUCAAGAGGACGCGAAAGUUUAAUAAAAUUAUUGAUUAUAAAAUCAAACGAUUGUCGAAGCUCUCUGAAGGGGAUAAUUUACUUGAUGGUCUUCCCCUGCUUGAAGAACGGGUUUCUCUUACUUCGGCAACCGAACUACGAGGUCUUACCUACCAGCAAUGGUUUGAACUGUUCAUGGAAUUAUCCCUGGUUAUUGCAAAGCUACAAAAUGUUGAAGACGGUUUGAGUAUAGUUGAUACAGCUCAAGAAGUGAAUGUCUUCAUUCAAAAUCCUCAAAGAGCUAAAAUGAUGAAGUUCACCCGGCUAGCCAUCGUCUUACAGAUGAAUGAUGAGGAAGAACUCGUUGAAAGCCUAAGAGGAGUGUUGAAUCAGUUUCAGUUUAACAGAAAAGUACUCCAGAAUUUCAUGUUCUGUGUCACUCGUGGACAGAUGGCAUCAAAUAUUUUGAGCUCAACUGUCCAGCAGAAAUUUUUCCUGCGUCAGUUAAAGGCCUACGACAGUAUCAGAUAUGGGCAACACGUUGCUGGCCAAGCUUCUGUGACCAACAAAACGGUGGAGAACCCACGAAAAAUGAAAUCUCCAUACUUGCACUACAUCUACGCUAUGCUGCUCUAUUCCAGUAAAGGUUUCUUGCUUGCACUUCAGUACCUCAACAGGUUACAAUCUGAACUCUCGCAAGAUCCGAUGCUCAACUUCAUGAUGGGGCUGGCCCAUCUUCAUCGGUCCAUGCAGCGACUAACGGCUUCCAGGCACUUUCAGAUCCUACAUGGGCUUCGCUUUCUUUACCAGUACCACGAAAUUAGGUCGACCAAAUACACUAUCAUUGAGAAACAAGAAGCCGAUUACAACAUCGGUCGCGCGUUCCAUCUUUUGGGAUUAUUUUCCAUUGCAGUCAGGUAUUAUCAACAAGUCUUGGACAACUACGAGGAUGAAAAAUUGAAAAAACACGCUGCUUAUAACUGCAUAUUAAUCUAUAACGAAAGUGGCAAUCCAGAAUUGGCUGCCAGUCUGAUGGAUCGAUAUUUAAGUGUGUAA